UGUGUGGUGAUGUCACGGUGGGUCAUUUGCAUAUUACUCAGUAGGCUAUAUAUUUGACGCUUGCGCAUAGUGGUGUACAUUGCUGCACCACAGAGCCUUGCGUUGGAAGUCUACUGAGCGCAAAUAAACCAAACUAAAACACUCCAAUCAUGUCUGACAAGCCCAAUCUCGAGGAGGUCACCAGCUUCGACAAGACCAAGCUGAAGAAGACCGAGACCCAGGAGAAAAACCCCCUUCCUUCAAAAGAGACCAUUGAACAAGAGAAGGCGGCAGGGUCAUCAUGAAGACCCUUUAUGCCAUCAUGCACUGUGCACACACACCCCACCCCUCCCCUGCAUUGCCUUUUUCUCAUUCACUUCUCCUAGUUGUUAUAACUUCAUAACCGAAAUGUAAAAAAGAGAAAAAAAAGGAAAUUAAAAAGAACAAAAAAAGAAGCAACCAUGCUGCACCACUGUCAGAUGAAAGCAGAAGAUGGAUCGUUGAAGCCCCCUGCCUCCCCCCUUUGCUCCCGCAACACCUGGAAGGGUUGUCAUCGUGUGUCCAUGCCAACGGUAGACAGACGCGGCUGACCAGAGGAGCGCAUGUGGAGGAAGGUUGAGAUGACCAAUAGCCAUUGGCCCACUGCAAAGAGGGAAAGAGCAAGGGGUGUGGCCUUUGGAACAUGGAGAACACACAUUGCUCAUCAACCAAUCAAGGCGUGGCUUUUUUUUUUGUCAACCAAUGACCGGCUCUCAAAUUGAGGCGUUGUGUUAUUAUUAUUUUUCUUCUUUUGUAUUUGAUUUGUAGGGUAAAUGCACAAUCCUUUGGUUUGUUUUUAUAUGUUGGGCGUAAAGAAAUUAAGAUCGUGUUGUAACACUUCUGCCCUUUUCUAUUGGAAGGAGUGAGAAAGGAAACCAUCUAGGUCGGGAGAAAUGCUUCAGAGGAUGUUUACUCACAUUGGUGUUUGUUUUUUUUUUUUUUAUUAAAAGAUAUUGCGAUUGUGCCCUUCUGUUGGAUAUGGUUUUGGGAUAGCUUUGAAUGUUAUUGCACCCUGUCUUGCUGUGUGGAGAGAAGUUGUGUGUCUGUUAAAAACCGUGUGGUCGCUUGCCGCUCUAGAUCACAGUUGUUUCCUGGGUUUUGUAAAGAAUCAGCAGCCAUGUUCUUUUGCCACAAACCAUUAUCAGUAAUGGAAAAAUGGAAAAUGUUGUAAUAAAAAAACCUUUGUUUAUUGAA